AUGAAGCAUGUUGAAGAUCCAUACAAGUACAACAUGAAGCAUGCUGAGGAUCCAUACAAGUACAACAUGAAGCAUGCUGAGGAUCUAUACAAGUACAACAUGACGCAUGCUGAGGAUCUAUGCAAGUACAACAUGAAGCAUGUUGAAGAUCCAUACAAGUACAACAUGAAGCAUGCUGAGGAUCCAUACAAGUACAACAUGAAGCAUGCCGAGGAUCUAUACAAGUACAACAUAAAGCAUGCUGAGGAUCUAUACAAAUAUAACAUGAAGCAUGCUAAAUAUCCAUACAAGUACAGCAUGAAGCAUGCUAAAUAUCCAUACAAGUACAACAUGAAGCAUGCUGAGGAUCCAUACAAAUACAACAUGAAGCAUGCUGAGGAUCUAUACAAGUACAACAUGAAGCAUGUUGAAGAUCCAUACAAGUACAACAUGAAGCAUGCUGAGGAUCCAUACAAGUACAACAUGAAGCAUGCUGAGGAUCUAUACAAGUACAACAUGAAGCAUGCUGAAGACAUGUUGUACUUGUAUGGAAAAACAUGCUGA